UCCGCCGCCCGCUCAGUGAUCGUGGAGAGCAGCCGGGACGCGGCGCCCGAUGGCGGCGACGGCGGCGCCCUCAGCAGCCCCAUCAACCUCGCCUACUUCUACGGGGCCUCGCCCCACUCCAGCGAGGGUAGCUGCUCGCCGGCGCACUCCUCCGCCCCGGGCUCGCCGGGAUCCGACUCGGACCUCUCGGUGAGCAGCCGCGGCGGCGGCCGGAGGGACCCCCGGGGCGGCCCCCGCCCCGCGCUGCAAGUUGAACAACACAUGGGGGGAGGAAAGCAGCACAGAGGACCUUUCCAGGGGGUCCGUGUGAAGAACUCGGUGAAGGAGCUGCUGCUGCAUUUCAGGAGCAGCAAGCAGAUGUCCUCGGGUCCUGCCACCGAGGAAAGCAAGGCACAAGGAGGAUUGGUGAACUAUGAACCAUACACAGAACUGAAGAACAUACUGGGCCACAGUGGCAAAAGAAAGGCUCCUGAACUCCUUUCUGAUGGACCUUCUUUCAAACGCCAAGCGAAUGUUCACCCACAUCUCCUGACCCCACCCCAGACACCAACUUCUAUGGAUAGCAUGGAGGAGCCCCAUAAAACUGACCCGAAGCGCGACAGCAGUUCUGAUCUGCUUCAGAACAUUAUAAACAUCAAGAACGAGUCGAGCCCCAUCUCCCUGAACACGGUGCAGGUGAGCUGGUUGCACUCGGUCUCCAGCCACGACUCGCCUGCUGAGCAGUACCAGGACAGCCCGGGAACACAGGCUUUCUCCCCGUCCCAGAAGUACCAAGCAUUCCAAGACCACACCAGCCAGCAUAUGCUUGAGCCACCCCAACAUUACCAGUUCCCUGCGUCCCAGAACCAAGAUUUGUCCCAGAGUUAUCCUUCAGAUGCCUCCCUGGACUACAGGCCGUUUGUUGCCAGUGACCAGUCUCCUGCCUACCAGCAGGGCACCUUUGAGAGCCACGAGUUGCCGUACUGUCCUUCACAGAGCUUCUCUUCCCUCUUGAAUGACUCUGAAGGCUCUGACAGCAUCUCCGGUCCCCUCCAGUCACUGAGCAGUGCCCACCCGCAGGCCGAGGUUACCCCUCAUGGCCCCAACUUCAGCUUGCUCUCCAGCAACCUCUGUGGUAGUCUGGAGCGCAGCAUCUCUUUGGCUACUCUGAAUGGCUCGCUGCCUGACCAAAACGUUGCCAGAAGCACGACGCAGCUGGGAAAGUCAUUUUUUCAGUGGCAAGUGGAACAGGAGGAGAACAAACUGGCUAACAUCUCUCAAGACCAGUUCCUUGCAAAAGAUGCUGAUGGAGACACCUUCCUCCACAUCGCUGUGGCCCAGGGCCGUCGAGCACUCUCCUAUGUUCUUGCAAGGAAGAUGGCUGCCCUGCACAUGCUGGAUAUUAAAGAGCACAAUGGCCAGAGUGCUUUCCAGGUUGCUGUGGCUGCCAAUCAGCAUCUCAUUGUGCAGGACCUGGUUAGCUUGGGGGCUCAAGUGAACACCACAGACUGCUGGGGAAGGACGCCACUGCAUGUCUGCGCUGAGAAGGGGCAUGCCCAGGUCCUCCAGGCAAUCCAAAAGGGAGCUAUGGGAAGCAAUCAGUAUGUGGACCUUGAGGCAACAAACUAUGAUGGUUUGACAGCAUUGCACUGUGCAGUUCUGGCCCAUAAUGCUGUGCUGCAUGAACUGCAGAACUGUCAGCCACCUCACUCCCCUGAGGUCCAGGAGCUUCUGCUGAGAAACAAGAGCCUGGUAGAAACCAUCAAGAUCCUGAUACAAAUGGGAGCCUCUGUUGAAGCAAAAGAUCGCAAAAGUGGUCGCUCCGCUUUACAUUUGGCAGCAGAAGAAGCAAACCUGGAGCUCAUUCGUCUCUUUUUGGAGCUGCCCAACUAUCUCUCUUUUGUUAAUGCAAAGGCUUACAAUGGCAACACAGCCCUGCACGUGGCGGCCAGCCUGCAGUACCGUGUGAGCCAGCUGGAUGCUGUGCGCCUGCUCAUGCGCAAGGGAGCCGAUCCCAGCGCCAGGAACUUGGAGAAUGAGCAGCCAGUUCAUCUGGUUCCUGAUGGCCUUGUAGGGGAACAGAUAAGACGUAUCCUCAAAGGGAAGGCGAUUCAGCAGAGAGUGUCGCCGUUUUAGGCUCCAUGUUUCUUGGAGUUCAGCAACUUACACUCACUGUCAGUCAGGCAGUCCUAAUCUAUCUGUAAAUAGAGCAUUUGCCUGGUGUGGGCAAAUGUUAGUUGUUUCUGUGAAACAAAAGUAUUUUGUUCACUAUUAUAUAGUGGGUUACGUAAGAGUAAAAAAGCCCCAAACCCAGCAAUCAAAUUCCUCCAGCCAAAAGGGAAUGCUUCAUUCCCAAGUAUGUGGAACAUUUUCCUGGCUACCUGUAUUUUCUGUAUUUCAUAGCUAUGGUGAGACUGAUUUUAUUUAAACGGCCAAUACAGAUAACUUCUAGAAAGGGGCAAUUCCUUGGGAAUUUUUUUUUAAAUUUUAGAGUGCUGAUACAGGUCAAAA